CUGUGUGCGUGUGUGUGUGUGUGUGUGUGUGUAUGUGUGUCCGUGCACAGUUUACCCCCUCAUCGAUACGUGCAACUGAUACUACCGGGGAAAUCUCGACCUCACACGGCGAUCGUCUCGGCUGUGUGUGCGCGCCGCAAACUUUUUUCCUCGCAUGCUCCUCGGCUCGCUCUGCGCCUGGCACGGACCACGCAAAAAAAAAAGUUUCUCUUGUGCGGGAUAAAAGGACGCCCAGGAUCUGCCAAGGAAUUACUUUAUACACCGACGAGCCCAAUCGAGCUUGAAUUGCCGGCAAGAGGCACCCAUUCUAAGUAUAAAGGACGGACCCAAUCGGCACCAUACUCCCCAUACCGUUCCCCCCCGCUCUUUUCUCUCCACCCCUUCCCCCUGCCCCACUGAGCUCUCCGCUCACCCCUCCUCCUCCUCAACCGACACCCCCGACCAAGAUGGACCUUCAUCACCGAGCCGCCUUCAAGAUGGAGAGCUCAUCGUACCUCCCUGGCCCACUGGCGUCACCAGCUCUGAUGGUGCUGGCGUCGACGGCCGAUGCCAGCCGCGAUGCCUCGGCACCGUGCCAGCAGCCACGGCCGUUUGGCGCACCCGUCUCCGUCUCCGACAAGGACGUGCACCUACCGUUCGCCAACGGCUCCUACGCCUUCGCUUCCGUCUACCACCGGCAACCUGGUUUCGGUGGCCGUGACUUUGCGCCAUCUCUCCUGCACCUGCACCACCAGUUUGCGCCACCUGGUCUGGACUGUCCACCAUCCAUUGGUGUGCUCAACCACGGUGCUGUCGGAGCCUUCCGGCCUUUCGCGUCGCCACCAGAAGAGCGCGAUUCGGCCUCAGGUGCCUACCAAUCAGCUUUCACUCCAGCAAAGCGCCUCAAGGGCUGCCUGGAGGCAGAAGCCUCUCCGCACCUGCGCUACUCAGAUGCCGAGGGUAAAGAGUACGACUACGGUGGUGCCCACGUGCCCUCAGGCUCGCCCGGUGCCCUCAAGGCCGUAGAGGAUGCCGGAAAGAAAAUCUUCGCAGUCUCUGGCCUGCUGUCCGACCGUGAGGCCUCGUCCAGCCCAGAGGACCGCAUUGAACGCUGCAAGAAGAAGGUGUCUCUGUAUGACAGCCAGGCUCCCAUCUGCCCUAUCUGCCAGGUUCUGCUGCGUCCUGGAGAGCUGCAGGAGCACAUGGAGCAGGAGAUGGAGAGGCUCACCCAUUUGCACAUCAGUAAGAACCCAUCACCGAAGGAUCUCAGCACAGCACCCGGCACACCCAAGUCUCUCCUGUUGUCAGUGCACAUCAAGCGUGAGGGAGAGUCUCCAGUAAUCUCGCCGCUGUCCUCCGACGACCCGCACCAUUCUGACAGAUACCAGACAUUUUUGCGAGUGCGGGCAAACAGACAAACACGACUGAAUGUCGGUGACCUCUGCUGGCGCAGGCGUUACGGCAAGGACGUGCCCCGAGACGUGCCCCUAGCUCCCUACUGCCUACACGACGCUCGGAUCGGCAAGCUGAAGCGGCGGAAGCCGGAGGAUGGACAGGUAUGUCCGCUGUGCAGCGCUCCGCUGGAAGGAACAGUUGAGGAAAUGAAUAGGCAUGUGGAAGAGUGUCUGUUAAAGAGGGAGGGCGGCAUGGACGACGACCAGGCCGACAUGGAAGGCGAGAACGGCACCCGCUUCGAAGAGUACGAGUGGUGCGGCCAGAAGCGGAUCCGAGCCACCUCUCUGCUAGAGGGAGGCUUCAGAGGAACAGGCUUCGCGAUGUGCAGCACAAAAGAGAGCCAUGACAGCGAUGCCGACCUGGACGUGGACGGAGACGACACACUGGAGUACGGCAAAGCACAGUACACUGAAGCAGAUAUCAUUCCCUGCUCCGGAGAAGACCAAGGGGAGACCAAAGAACGCGAGGCGCUCCGUGGAGCCGUCUUAAACGGAGGCAUGCCGUCCAAUAGGAUAACGCCGGAGUUCUCGAAGUGGGCUAGCGACGAAAUGCCGUCCACCAGCAACGGCGAGAGCAGCAAGCUGGAUGCCAGCUCCGCAUCGACGUCCAGCAUGCCCAGGACCUGCAAAAACAGUGAGAUCGAGAAAAUCACAGAGGAUUCCACAGGCACCACACUGGACGCUCUGAAGGCUCGCAUCCGAGAGCUGGAGAAGCAGAUCCUCAGAGGAGACCGAUACAAGUGUCUGAUCUGCAUGGACUCCUACACAGCGCCCCUCACCUCCAUCCAGUGUUGGCAUGUCCACUGUGAAGAAUGCUGGCUUAGGACUCUGGGAAAUAAGAAACUGUGUCCACAGUGCAACACCAUCACAUCACCAGGAGACCUCCGACGCGUGUAUUUGUGAACGAGUCACCGUCAGCGUCCAGAUUCUUCCCCCUUUAUCCUUUUUGUUUUGUUUUGUUUUGUUUUGUUUGUUUGUUUGUUUUUCGGGUCAGUUCUGUUCUGGUGGAUUUCCGUUUCCUUGUCCAGACUGAGAGUCUUGUGCCGAUAUUAACAAGGAGCAUCUGAUGUAGCAGCAAACUGCACAGGGACUUGUAAGGACUAUGUACAGACUCAGUACUUCCCUGUAAGUGAGAAGCUCCUCCCACUUCUUGCCCAGCCUCGGACUCUGCCCCCUUGUGGUGCUCCAUGUUAUGGUGCAGGUCCAUAAACGCUGCUGCCCACUUCCCCGCUUCGCUUUGACACACGUCCUCUGUCUGCUACGAUGGAGUGUGUGUUCGUGUGUGUCUGUGUGUGCAUGUUGGUGGGAUCUCUCUCUCAGCAAGGCCACAGAGUUAGUCUUCAGCCGAGACAGCCCUCCAUCCCGGCAGGGACUUGAAAGAAAAAAAAACAACAACAAAAAAAAAAAACUGAUAAUAGUUUAGCCUCCACCCUUCUGGCCCUUCCAUCCCUUUCUUCAAACUGUCAUUGUGUUCUCUCUCUCUCUCUCUCUCUCUCUCUCUCUCUCUCUCUCUCUCUCACACUCUCUCGCUCUCUCUCACUCUCUCUCCCUCUCUCCCCCUCCCAACUUUUCACUUCUUUUGUGGUGUUCUAGUGACGUCAACCAAAUUCAAUGAACCAGUGCAAGCACAUGUAUUAUAGUCUUGUAUGUUUACGGUGUUGUGAGUAAAUGACAUAGAGAACACACUUGUAUACACACGCAUAACAUGCGCACACACUCAAAAAAACAAAACAAAACGAAAAAAAAAAGACAAGUAUAUAUUGCUAAAGUCCAGUUUUAGUUGGGGCCGGGGGGUGGGCGGGGGAGGUCGGGGCUGAUGUUUCAAUCUUUGUGGAAAAAGAAAUCCCUCUGUAUUUUUAAACGGAUGUUGUUGUCUUGAGGUUGAAGUUGUAUUUCAUUGUACAGGAAGAAAUUUAAUAAUAUUAAUAAUGAAGUACUCAAACUAGGCUUUAAAGGGUUUAGGCUGUACGUUGUUUUUUUGUUUGUUUGUUUGUUUGUUUGUUUGUUUUCAACUCUGAUAUACGGUAUAAACUGUAGAUUCAUAUCUAAAGUAAAGGGAGCUCAUCUCUUUUUUUUUUUUUUUCUGCCUUUUUUUUUUUUUUUUUAAAUAUAUUGGAAAAACUGAUUUUAAUUUCCUGUUAACCAUCCGGAAGAUGCUUUCACGUGACGACAGAAAUCAUUGAAGAGGGAUGAAGGAAAAAAAAAAAAAAAACUUGAUUGUCAUUUGAUGUGAGUUUGUUGCAAGCAGACACCUGAGCAGGUGUAAUUCUGUUCUUCCUUUCCAAGAUGGGCUUAUGUGAAUGUUUUCACAACAAAAAAAAGAGAGAAAAAAAGCGCCCUUGUUCUGGGAUAUGUUCAGCCCCCAUUGUGGAAGACAAUGAUGAUGAAUGAUUUCUUUUCCUUUCUUCCUACAAGAAAUAUAGGACUGGAUGAUUGACAGAUGGCCUGGUCCCUCCGCACUCUUCAGGAGUGAGAUGGUGUACUUUUGUAUUUGUACAACUAUAUAUGCUGUGAUUUUUUUUUUUCCUUUCUCUUUUCUGUAUUGAUGUAAGCGAGGGGGCGGGGGGAGGGGGGGGUUAAAGAAUUCAAGAAAAGGAAGCAAACCGCUGAACCCAGUCCCACAAUAAAUGGUCAAAUUUUGCAAAUUUUUUUUUUUUUUUUUUUUUUUUUAAUCAUUUACACCAUUAGCUGAGAGAUUAAUGGCUGUCUCCAUCAAUUCUGUAAAUAAACCAAUUUUCAAAUUUGACAUUUGGAGUUACCAAGCUUAAUAGAAGACGAGGCUUUCCAUAACAGAUUAUUGAUCAGAGAUGAAGACCCCCUUUUUAAAUUUCUUUUUUUUUGGAGGAAAAAAAAAAAAAAAAAAGGUCCUGUCCCGGUAAUUAAAAAAAAAAAAAAAAAAAAAAAUGCACAAGACAAUUGUGUGAGCCAAUCUGUGUCCUUGUAUAAUUCUUGGAAAUGGUACGUGUCUUACCCGUUUGUAAACUUCAUUUGACGGUAAUUAAAUGAUUGUACAUCUGAA